AUGGCAACUCGAGCGUGUAGAAGAGUGUGGCAACUUGAGCGUGUAGAAGAGUAUAGCAACUAUGGCAAUUUGUGUAGAAGAGUGUGGCUGCCAACUAUGGAGCCGGGGUAUGAGGACCCGGAGCCGGGGUAUGAGGACCCGGAGCCGGGGUAUGAGGACCCGGAGCCGGAGUAUGAGGACCCGGAGCCGGGGUAUGAGGACCCGGAGCCGGGGUAUGAGGACCCGGAGCCGGGGUAUGAGGACCCGGAGCCGGGGUAUGAGGACCCGGAGCCGGGGUAUGAGGACCCGGAGCCGGGGUAUGAGGACCCGGAGCCGGGGUAUGAGGACCCGGAGCCGGGGUAUGAGGACCCGGAGCCGGGGUAUGAGGACCCGGAGCCGGCCGGGUAUGAGGACCCGGAGCCGGGGUAUGAGGACCCGGAGCCGGGGUAUGAGGACCCGGAGCCGGGGUAUGAGGACCCGGAGCCGGGGUAUGAGGACCCGGAGCCGGGGUAUGAGGACCCGGAGCCGGGGUAUGAGGACCCGGAGCCGGGGUAUGAGGACCCGGAGCCGGGGUAUGAGGACCCGGAGCCGGGGUAUGAGGACCCGGAGCCGGGGUAUGAGGACCCGGAGCCGGGGUAUGAGGACCCGGAGCAUGAGGACCCGGAGCCGGGGUAUGAGGACCCGGAACCGGGGUAUGAGGAUCAGGAGCCGGGGUAUGAGGACCCGGAGCCGGGGUAUGAGGACCCGGAGCCGGGGUAUGAGGACCCGGAGCCGGGGUAUGAGGACCCGGAGCCGGGGUAUGAGGACCAGGAGCCGGGGUAUGAGGAUCCCGGAGCCGGGUUGCCAUAUUUUGUGAAUGCCAUGACUGAGGCGAGACUAGUGGGCCUAGGCAGUCAAGCCUGGACCUUAGGGCUGGAAGAAGCCCUUAAGCCCUUAGUAGGAGGACCUGAAACACGAGGGCCCCCGAAGGGCAGCUCUAUUGACAGAUAG